GAUGACAGGAGGAGGGAGUGGUGAAAGGGGAGAAGAACGCUCUUUUUAACGUAAUUUGCUAUUUACAAGGGCGCUACAAAUGUCCACGGUCCGGUCUCCCUGCCCUGGGCGUUAUAAAUAGUAAAGGUUAAUUAGUUAGCUGAGAAAUUGGAUCAGGGGCGGGCAGUUAGAAUUUGAUCCAUAGACAGGUAACUCAAGCAAUCCCCUUUGUCACUGCAAUCAGACCUAUAUAAAUCCGCCUUGACGGACAGCAGUCACCACAGCCUUACCUCUCUGCUGGAUCACCGAACGGGAGAAAACCACCGAAACAAGGAAUAAAAUGUCGCUCUCAUCUAUCCUUUCCGCUGAUGCCAUCGACAGUGCUAUCAAGGACUGCCAAGCACCAGACUCCUUCUGUCCCAAGAAGUUCUUCACGCUGUGUGGGCUCACCAAGAAGAGCCCUGCGGACGUGAAGAAGGUUUUCGGGAUCCUGGACAAUGAUGGCAAUGGUUUUGUUGAGGAGGAAGAGCUCAAGUUUUUCCUCCAGAGGUUUUCCCCAGGGGCUCGCGUUCUGACUGACAAGGAGACCAAGGGCUUCCUGAGCGCUGCUGAUGAUGACAGUGACGGCCGCAUUGGAGCAGAUGAGUUCCAGGCCAUGGUUUUGUCCUAAACAGCUGGACUCCAUCUCUCCAACCUGAUCUGACCCCCUAACCUCCCCCCCCCCCAUCCCCACUGCUUCAAGGGCUCUCUUAGUUUUAGUCAAUCAAUUUCCAUACUGUUAGAUAUUUUCUUUUGUUUAAUUUCUUUAUUUUCUUUCUUGCAAGACUUACUCUGGUCCAUAGACAUCUACAUUCACGUCAUGAUUUUUUUUUUUGUGUGUCUUUUUCCUAUGUUUUAGACAGAUCAUAAAGCUAUAUUUCCCAAAUGUAUAAAAAAACUCCCAAAUUACUGAGAAAAUAAAAAUAAUAAAAUCCAAA